AUGACGUACGACCGCGGAGUUCUUAGCCAAUAGCGUCUCGGCUUUGAAAGACCCGCCAAAAGCUGUCAGUGCGGACUUGUUGUUGUGCUUCGCUCUGUAUACUGAAUAAGUGUCAUCAUGCCGACGCUGCUCCAGAACUGUAAGCGCUAUUUCGGAAGCUUGGACCUCUACACAGUGCUCGGGGUGCGGAGGACGGCCGGGGAGGCGGAGAUCCGACGAGGAUACCACAAGAUCUCUCUGCAGGUUCACCCAGACCGGGUGUCGGACGAGGAGAAAGAGGAAGCCAAUCUGAAGUUCCAGAUACUUGGAAAAGUCUAUUCAGUUCUCAGUGACAAAGAACAGAAAGCAGUCUAUGAUGAGCAAGGAAUUGUUGACGAGGAGUCUGAUGCAAUUUCUCAAGAUCGUAACUGGGAGGAAUAUUGGCGUUUGCUGUUUAAAAAGAUAACUGUGGAAGAUAUCCAAGCUUAUGAAGAAAAGUACAGAGGAUCAGAGGAAGAGAGGGCAGAUAUUAUACAAGCCUAUUUGGACUUUGAAGGUGACAUGGAUAACCUGAUGGACUCUGUAAUAUUUGCUGAUAUUGAUAAUGAGCCAAGGAUUAGAGAGAUUAUCCAGAAAGCCAUCAAGAAGAAAGAAGUUCCAGCUCACAAUGCUUUUGUAAAAGAAUCUAAAAAGAAACAAGAACAGCGCAGGAAAAGGGCCAAUGAAGAAGCCCAAGAAGCAGAAGAAAUGAAAAAGGAAAUGGGGCUAGGUGAUCAAGAAGAUGACCUAAAAGCUUUAAUACACAAAAAGCAGAAAUCUCGAGAAAAGGAACUUGAUGGUUUCAUGGCACAAUUGGAAGCCAAAUAUUGCAACAAAGGAGGGAAAAAAGCCACCGGGACAAAGAAAGGAAAAAAGUGAACUUGUGUACGUUACAUCAUAAAUGGACAAUACAAAUGCUUUUA